AGACACAUCCUGUGAAUUGGUAUAUAAACCAAGAGCCUGAACUGCUGUCUUCAGUCCGUCUUCUACUCUUAUUGCUCAGGCUUCUACUGCUGUCAACAUGAGUUCCGCAGACAAAAUCAAAGAACAUCUUCUGUUGCUGUUUGAGCGUCCCACCGAGCCCACGUUCAUGCCCAAGGGUGCUCAACAGGCAGUGUUUGAUAUACCUCAGGAAUACCUUAUUGAUAGAUACAAGCCGUUGCAAGAUGAACUCAACAACCGUUUUGGAGAGGAAACAAAGGAAAGGAUUCAGAUUAAGAAAAUCAACAUUCCUGAUCUUUCCUUACCCCAGUCUCUUGGUCGCCAGGACAACUUCUCUCUCUUCAUUCCUUACCAUCGUCGGAUGGCUGCUGCCCUCAUUGAUGCCUUCAUGAGUCAACCAACCCUUGAAGAUUUCCUUUCUUUGUCCGUUUACGCUCGUGACCGAAUCAACUCUUUCCUCUACUUCUAUGCGUUGUCCGUUGCUCUUCUUCAUAGAAAGGACACCAAGAACUUUCCUGUGCCUUCAUUCGCAGAGGUGUUCCCAGAGAAGUAUAUGGAUUCUGGUGUGUUCUCAAGAGCUAGAGAAGAGUCCAAUAUUGUGCAAGAUGGUGGAAGUAGGAUGCCUCUGGUGAUUCCUCGGGAUUAUACUGCAUCAGAUCUUGAUGAAGAACACAGGGUUGCUUACUUCCGUGAGGACAUUGGAAUAAACUUGCAUCACUGGCAUUGGCAUCUUGUGUACCCCUUUGAGGCUGCUCGUGAAAUUGUUGCCAAAGAUCGUCGAGGGGAACUGUUCUACUACAUGCACCAACAGAUCAUGGCUAGAUACAACUUUGAAAGAUUCAGUGUCAAUCUUGCCCGAACCAAGCGUCUUCUCAACUGGAGGGACCCAAUUCCGGAGGGAUAUUUCCCCAAACUUGAUAGUCUUGUGUCAAGUCGUGUCUGGCCUCCUCGCACCUCCAACACCAUUCUCUCUGAUGUUAAUCGUGAAGUUGACCAGAUUAAGUUUGAUAUCCAAGAUAUGGAGCGUUGGCGGGAUCGGUUCUAUCAAGCUAUCCACACUGGAUCUGUCAUCACUGCGGACGGAAGAACUCAAAUGUUGGACGAGGAAAAAGGCAUUGACAUUUUGGGUGACAUGAUGGAGUCUAGUAUCUUGUCAGUCAACAGAUUCUUGUACGGAGAUCUUCACAACAUCGGUCACGUCGCCAUCGCUCUGUCUCAUGAUCCUGACAGUCGUCACUUGGAAACUUUCGGAGUGAUGGGUGACCCCGCAACGGCCAUGAGAGACCCGGCUUUCUACCGCUGGCACGCCUUCGUAGACGAUGUCUUCCAGGAGCACAAGAACCUGCUGCCGCGCUACAACACUGACAGGUUGAACUAUGCAGGUGUGCAAGUGACAUCCGCUCAAAUAAAGGUUCAAGGUUCUCCGGACAAUCUGCUAGUGACUCUUUGGCAACAAAGUGAUCUGGAUCUCUCUCGAGGGCUCGACUUCACUCCUCGUGGAAACAUCUAUGCCCGGUUUACUCAUCUCCAACACAUACCUUUCACAUACAGGAUUACGGUUGAAAACAGUGGCCAACAGAGAAUGGGCACCUGUAGAAUAUUUUUGGCCCCCAAGUUUGAUGAGCGAGGCCUGCCAUUCCUGUUCAGAGACCAAAAGGGAUUAUUCAUAGAAAUGGACAAGUUUACUGUUACAUUGAAGCCUAGAACCAAUGUUAUUGAGCGCAAAUCAAAGGAUUCAUCAGUCACCAUCCCAUUCGAAAGAACUUUCCGUAACCUAGAGGCAGGAAGACCAGCAGCAGGAACAGUUUUGGAGGAUUUCAACUUCUGCGGCUGUGGUUGGCCAGAACACAUGUUAGUGCCCCGUGGAACACCUCAGGGAAUGCCAUGUCAGCUGUUUGUUAUGAUCUCCAACUAUGAGGAUGACAGAGUUGAAAGAACCAACACUGGAGGCAAGCAGUGUACAGACGACGCCGCUAGUUUCUGCGGUCUGCGUGAUAGCAAGUACCCAGACAAGAGGUCUAUGGGCUACCCCUUCGACCGUCUGCCUCGUGACGGUGUCAACACACUGCAAGAGUUCAUCACUCCAAACAUGGCUGUAGUCGAUGUAACUAUCAAACAUCUAGACAGAACAGUUCCAAAGAAGACCGAUCGUGUAUAAACCUUGCGUAGCUUUUUAUGGAUUUUGGACCCGACCAUGGACUGUGAAGAUAAAACAUUAACCCUCAAUUAUGUUAACACAUUAUUAUCAUUAUCAGUUAAUUUACUGUUAGUUAUCAAGUAAAUUAAUUUAAACAUUUAAA